AUGCCUACCAGAUUCUCUAAGACCAGAAAGCACAGAGGCCACGUCUCCGCCGGUUACGGUCGUAUUGGCAAGCACCGCAAGAAUCCCGGUGGUCGUGGUAUGGCCGGUGGUCAGCACCACCACAGAACCAACCUCGACAAGUACCACCCUGGUUACUUUGGUAAGGUCGGUAUGAGAUACUUCCACAAGCAGCAGAACCACUUCUGGAGACCCGUCAUUAACGUCGAGCGUCUGUGGACUCUUGUUCCUGAGGAGAAGAGAGAGAAGUACCUUAAGGAGUCUUCCUCGAGCGCUGCCCCCGUCAUUGACACUCUUGCUCUUGGUUACGGCAAGGUUCUUGGCAAGGGUGCUCUUCCCAAGGUCCCCAUCAUUGUCAAGGCCCGCUUUGUCUCUGCUGAGGCUGAGCAGAAGAUCAAGGAGGCCGGUGGCGUCGUUGAGCUCGUUGCCUAA